CUUUUCUUCCUUUUUCUUCUAUUUUUAAUCAAAAUGGAUACGUCACGAAAUACACAUUAUUAUUCCUAUCCACAACAAAGGAUACCAGCACAAGAUACUGUUCAUUCUUCUCCACAAUCUAAAGAAAUAUACCAAUAUGACGCUCCAUGGCUUACUUAUGCUUUAGAUUGGUGUAAAACUCCAAAUGACCAUUUGAACUUUAGACUUGCUAUUGGUAGUUUUAUUGAAGACAGUAAUAAUAAGCUUCAAAUUAUUUCACGUACAGAUUUAUUACCUGAUACUAAUAUACCUAUCGACUAUAGAAAUGAUUUUACAGUAAUUGCAGAGACAGACUCAUAUUAUCCAAUCACAAAGGUUCUAUGGGAACCUAGGAGGAAUGAUGCAAGAAAUAAUGAUCUUUUAGCUACUACAGGAGACAUCUUGAGAAUUUGGGAACUAGUUGAUGAACCCAGAUAUUUAAAUACAAAUUCAAUUAAUAGUUCAAGUAGAACUAAUAAUAAUCGAACUAUACAAAAAUUAGUUAAAAAAGCCGAGUUAGUUAAUAUGAAGCAAACAGAUUUUAGUGCACCAUUAACAUCAUUUGAUUGGAAUGAAACGGAUCCUUCAAUAGUAGUUACAUCAAGUAUAGAUACAACAUGUACAGUUUGGAAUGUUGAAACAAAUCAAGCAAAGACACAGUUAAUUGCUCAUGAUAGUGAUGUAUAUGAUGUUGCUUUUAUGCAUGGCUCAGCAGAUACAUUUGCAAGCGUAGGAGCGGAUGGCUCUGUUCGUUUAUUUGAUCUUCGUUCAUUAGAACAUUCAACUAUCUUAUAUGAAGCUCCACCUAUAUCUACAAAUCAUCAAACAGUGGCUGGUAAUCCGAAUGCAGGUACAACAACUGUUCCUUUAUUACGUCUUCAAUUUAGUAGAAUGAAUUCAAAUCUUUUGGCUACCUUUCAUAUGGACUCAAAUGCAGUAGAAAUAUUAGAUAUUCGUUAUCCAAGUGCACCUAUCGCUGAGCUUUGUAAAAGUCAUAGUGGUAGUAUUAAUUGCAUAAGCUGGUCUCCAACCGAAUCUGGUCAAAUUGCAACUGGAGGAGAUGAUUCGCAAGUCUUGGUUUGGAAUAUUAAUCAUACAAGUAAUGAUAAUCGAAAUUCUACCUAUUAUCAAAAUAUGAAUGGUGUUUAUGGUAAUAAUAAUAAUAAUACUCAGCAAAGAUAUAAUGGACACCCAUCUCCACGUUCAAUUCAAGAUCCAUUAUUGGCUUAUGUAGCUGAUGCUGAAGUUAAUUCAAUUACUUGGAGUAAGUCUGCCCCUGAUUGGAUUGGUAUUGGUUUUGGAAGAACCAUUCAAGCACUCAGAGUGUAAACAGGCUUUUAGUUUAUUUUAUUUAUUUAUCUUUUUAUAUAUAUUUAUAUGUAUAUGAGAGAAAGAAAGAAAAAUAUAUAUAUUUUACAAUUCGAAAAGGGAGAAGAAAGACAAAUGAUU